AUGCCGCUCUUCGGCAAAAACAGCAGGAAUCCUGCAGAGGUCGUGAAAAGCCUCAAGGAGGCUCUUCUGAUGCUGGAAAAGCUCGACAAAAAGUCGGACAAGGAGCAACUACCCAUGAUGCUCUCCCGAGCCCUAAAGGUGCAAGAGGACGUUUCAAAGAGUCUCAGCGUGAUGAAAAACAUUCUGUACGGGAAUCAUCGGAACGACACCCAAGCCGAGAUGCAGUUGUCCCAGAUUGGCCAAGAAGUGUACAGCUCGCACCUCCUGCUGCUCUUGAUUCAGAACCUCUCCAAAAUCGACUUUGAGGGCCGGAAGGACGUCGGUCACAUUUUCAACAAUAUGUUGCGCCGCCAAAUCGGUCCACGCUUCCCAACUGUUGAAUACCUCUAUCUGAAGCCGCAAAUCCUGUUCCUGCUGCUGAGCGGCUACGAGAAUACCGAUAUUGCUCUCAACUGCGGAGGAAUGCUCCGCGAGUGUGCCAAACAUGAAGAUCUCGCGAAGCUCAUCCUGUGUUCGGACGAAUUCUACAAUCUCUUCAAGUAUGUCGAGUCUCCGCUCUUCGAUCUCGCGGCCGAUGCCUUCAAUACGCUCAGAGACCUGCUGACGCGUCAUAAGAGACUCGUAUCUGAGUUUCUCGAACUCAACUACGACCGGGUUUUCACGCAUUAUCAGACGCUUUUGACGAGCGAAAAUUAUGUGACAAGACGACAGUCGCUGAAACUCCUCGGAGAGCUCCUCCUCGAUCGAUCAAACUACAACGUCAUGUCGAGAUAUAUCUCGAACUCGGAGAAUCUCAAGCUCAUGAUGAAUUUACUCAAAGACAAGUCGCGGAAUAUACGCAUCGAAACCUUCCACGUAUUCAAGGUAUUUGUGGCGAACCCCCACAAACCGAAACCGAUUCUCGACAUCCUGGUCCGCAAUCGAGAGAAAAUGGUUGAUUUUCUUUCGAAAUUCCGCGUGACAAACGAAAAUGAGCCUGGUAGCGAACAGUUCAAUGAAGAGCUGGCGUAUGUGAUCAGACAAAUACGCGACUUGAAGUCUUGGGAUCAUUCGUCGAACGUCCCGCCGACUCUUCCUCUCAAAGAAGGGCCUGAAUGA